CAUUAUAAACAGCUUGGUCAUAUAUUAACUCAUAUAAAGGAUGAGACGUUUGAUUCGUACAUGAAUCUAUAUAUUCACACAACCGUUAAAGUAUUCAGUGACGUCGUGUAUGAUAACAAUGGCGUUCAACUUCGCCGCUUUUUCAUACGGUGUGGCUUUAAUUGUAGAUGCUUUCUUAAUAUUCUUUGUAAUAUUUCAUGUCAUAGCAUUCGAUGAAUUAAAGACUGGGUAUAAAAAUCCAAUCGAACAGUGUAAUAGCUUAAAUCCGCUAGUCAUUCCAGAGUAUAGUUUGCACAUUUUGAUUAAUGUGUUAUUUCUGAUAAGUGGACAAUGGUUUACAUUGCUUCUUAAUAUCCCGUUAAUAGCGUAUCAUUUAUGGCAGUACAGUCAUAGACCUGUCAUGUCUAAACCAGGUCUUUAUGAUCCCACUAGUAUAAUGAAUGCUCAGGUUUUGACAUCUCAUGAAAGGGAAGGAUGGAUUAAACUUGCGUUUUACCUCUUAUCGUUUUUCUAUUAUUUGUACUGCAUGAUCAGUUCAUUGAUCCAAUGAACAAAACUAUUUUUCUACUGCAUUUGUAAGGACAAUUUGCCAUUGGGUCUUUAGUACGUUAUAGUUCACAGAUCCGAUGUUUUCAUCCAACCAUGAAAAACAAGAUUGACCAGUUUGUUAAAAUAUUACAGUUUUAUAAAAUAAAACUCUGCUCAAAAACUA